AUUGCAUUGCAGACUGGUUUUUAUACAUGCCUCAUGAAAACCAAGCCAAAAAACCACCAAUGCAGUCAAUAUGGCUGAAUAGCUGGCACGGCGUCCGGUGCUAUUAUUCCGUGAUUCACGAUCGUAAGCUUGUGCAUCGCCGAUGCAAGGGGUCCUGCGCAAGAUCGUGAGCGAGCACCACUGUGGAUCGGACAACCAUGGUACCAGAUAAUUGUGCUCUUCACAAUCGAAUAAUCCCCAAUUCACCUACCUACUACAGCCUACAUCUGUCGAUGAUGGAAUGAUAUUGCGAGCUGAGGUAAUCCUCCAGAGGACUUGACUUUAAAACAAUUCCCGACCAUUGUUCACACUCUUGACUUUCAAUAUUCGCCGUUGAUACUAUCCUGGAACAAUCACACACAUCAACUCAACCAUGUCUUUCUCCAAUACUUCCACCGGCGACAAGCCCGCCGACCCUUACAAGCAGGCGAACGCUGAAGAGCCCGACCUGAAGACCAAGAUCGAUGAGCUCGUGGAGUUCAUGACUAGAACCAAGUUUGGCAUGAUGACCACUCACGAUUCAUCAAGCCAGAACCUGGUGUCGCGCGCCAUGGCCCUUGCCGCCACUGAAACCCAGGGCAUCGAUCUUCUCUUCCACACCAACACCGAGUCUGGGAAGACCGACGACCUGAGCGCUGACCCGCACGUCAACAUGUCCUUCAUUGACUCCUCUGGCCAGUGGGCCUCGAUCGCCGGCAACGCCAGCGUCGUGACGGACCGCGACUAUGUCAAGAAGCACUACAGCCCUGCACUCAAGGCAUGGCUAGGCGACCUGGGCGAUGGCACUCACGAUGGCUCUGAGAACGACCCUCGCAUCGGUAUCAUCCGUAUCAAGAUGAGCACUGCCACGUAUUCUGUUACACACAAGAACUUUGUCGCGCGUGCUGCCGAGGUGGCUACGGGCGCCGUGACGGGCAAGCCCGCGUCUGUAAACGCGUUGAGGGAGAUUUCGGCUCAGGAGGUCGAGCAAUGGAGGAAGGUGUCUUCUUGAGGACGAGACGAUGUUAUGAGUUUAUGAGCCAUGGCGCCCCUGGUAAUCUCGCCUAAUGAAAGGAACAUUAUUUGCUUGCCGUGCCCGUCUUGGCCAUGCCGAGAUGAAGUGCGGCUCUAGUUAAGAUGUUGGCAAGUGCGUUGAUGUUCUCAAAUGGCGUGAUGGUUUCUCUGACUUGCAGUGCGCUCGUAUGUUGGUGUUCGUGGGACACUUGUAGUUUGGGGGAAAGUGUUGAAACGUUGGCGGCCGGUGCAAACGCCAAUGAUCCGCAUCAAGAGCCGAGGAGGUGAUGCCGGCACGCAACUAACUCAUCAAGACCUCAACACUCACGAGGUUGAUGAAUCCUGUGCCUCAUCAAGCUCUGGCUGGAGUUAAUAAAAUAUUUGGAGCG